CGCGCGGGACGCGGCCAUGGCGGAGGGCGGGCCGCGGGCCGGGCACGGCGCAGAGCAUGAAGCAGAACAACCUCAAUUUUCAAAUGUUUCUGAAUCAAAAGAAAAUCCUGAAUCAAAAGAAGAUCCUGAAUCAAAACAAGAAUCAGUGCCUUUGGAAGCAGAAGUGUCACAGCCAUUGCCUAUGGAACAACUUUUUUCUGCCCCUGAAGACCAAUAUCACCUCCCCAAACUUGGGGAAACCCCCUCUGGAGAACCCCCUGAUCCAAAAAAAUGCUCUCCACGAGAAUAUUUGGAGUUUUACAUAUUCCCAGUGCUCUUACCCGGCCUGGCUGCACUUCUGUAUGAAGCAGAGAAGGAGAAGUGUUUUGAGGAAAAAAGAACCAAAUUUAUUCCCUCUGAUUUCCUAACUGAGUGGUUAUACAACAAGAAUCCAAAGAGGAAAGAUGAGUCAUUCACAGAAUUGUUUUCCAUUCCUUUUGUCAAGGACUGGCUAAAGGACCGUCCUAGACCACCAAUUCCUCUCUCUCUGCUUCUGUCAGAAGAAGAAGCAAGCAUACUAAUUCAGUCCUUCUGGAGGGGCUAUCGGGUUCGUUGUGAUAGUGAAAUACAAGAGCUACGACAGUGGCAAAAGAAGCUGAGAGAGGAGAGGCACAUUACUGAGGUAGUGAAAAAAUUCUGGACUAAACAGGAAGCCAAAGUGGGAAGCAAAUCAGAAGAGAUGGACUAACGUACACAAAAUCCUUCAACAUCUCAAUUUUAGUUUCCUCACUAAAAUUCCAAAGCCUAGAGCUCAUGGACUUUGUGAUACUGAUUUAGAAACGUUCUUAGCAUUAAAGUUUUACAUGUGAGGUGUUGUAAAUCAAAGGCAGGUUAUGUAAGGAUCCAGCAUGCCAAAACAAAACUCAGUCAGUCUAAGUGAGCACCAUUCUGUUAAAACAGAUGGAAUAGUGCUUAUCUAGCCAAAAAUGUUGAAUCUAUGUUUAUCUUGUGUUCCUGAAUGCUCACUUAAAAUCUCUUCUGACAGGAAUAAAACUCUGGGUGAAAUUAAAUGGGGUUCUACCCACAUGUAGGCAAGUGUUAAAUCUUCAUUUAUCAUAAACUGGACUUCUCUGACUCCUGCAGAGCUGUGACAAUUUACACAAAUCUGGGCUCUGUUCAGAACAGUCUAAUUUGCAGAAAUGCUGUGCCCCUGCAAUUCCAAUGGAAGGCAAUGAGAGCUGGGGUUGCUCUGCAUUUCUGCAGGGGAGAAAAGUCAAAGGCCCUUUUGUUACCACUUAGCACAUGUGCUGAGAAAGUGUAGAAUUAAGAUCCCAGUGUCAGCAUUUUCAGCACUCUUAUGCAGGCUCCUUACUUAUAUCAGGUCCAAGCACAGUAAAAAUCAGACUGGGCCCCUUGCUAAGGAGCCCUUAUUAUUUUUUUUUGGCCCUGUCAAGCACAAUCAUAUUCAUGCCUUUAUAAUUUCACAAUUAGAGAUGAUAGUAGCAGAACUACAAAUGAUUCCAUGAAGUCAAAGGUGCAAUUUUAGUUGUUUUGACUGACCACCUAAUAAAACAGGGGUGGUGUCUAGCACUUGCUGUGGUUCCACAUGGAUUUCUUCCAUCACUUGCACAGACUUUGUCUUCACUAUUUCACCAACACUCCACCCCUUGGAUUUUUUCCUGGUUGGUGAUGAUGGUUCUUACACCAGACCUGGAAAUAUCAAACCAUUUGAAGAAAAAACUCCUCCUGCACUCUCCAAGCCCACUUGUAUUCUCCUGUCCCCUCAUUUUCACAAGCACAAGCAACUGAACCAGAACAGGAAACUGCUGAGCCAACAGGGGGAAAAAAAAUCCCUUUUGUGUUAGGAAUUUGGCUGCUGAGCUCCUUGACUGGCUCAUGUGGGUUUGAUAGGUGCCAGAGCUAAGAGUAAGUGUGGGAAUGCAGCCAAAGGUGGGGGAAUGUGGUUUAGGAGCCCUUUCCUUCAGUUUAACUUUGCUUAUAUUGAGGAACUGCACCAAGGGGCAAUUCUCUCUGUAGCACUGCUCACUGCAAUGGAAAAAAUCUGUGUGCAUGUUAAAACCAAGUGGACACAAACAUUGUAAGUAAAUAGUAAAGCCUUUAUUCUCGUUAAGAACAGCAUUUUGAAAAUAAAACAUUUGCCCAUGCUUUACAACCUUUGUAGUUUUGUAUACUUAUGUACAGUCAUCAUGGUACACAUUGAUUGUCUUGAAAAUCCUUUAGAGAUGUACUUAAUAAGAUACCAGUAUGCAACAAUCAGCGGAAAAAAGGGUACGUUAUAAAACACACGUUAAUACAUUUAAUAAAUAUAUAUUAUCUAUCAAAAAUGAGCUUUAGCUCUCAUCAAUUAAUAAAAAGCACCUGCUUUGUAAUCCUGUAAGUUGGUAGAAUAAUCCAAUUGUUUUAUUAUAAAAGCUACAAUGCUCCCUUUUGUGUGUGUGGCCUUUAGUUAGACCCAAGGCAUCGAGCUCAAACCAAGCCAACCAAGAUGCCUGUGUUUAGACUAAAAGCAG